CUCAGUACCGCGGAAUCCAGACAAUCACAAUGACCUCGGCGCAAGACGUUCAAUCGCUCCUCCGCUUCCUGUCACAAGACGCCAAAGUACCUCUCGCGCAAGCUUUGUCCAAAAUCAAAGACCUCCAAGCAGCGAACCUGAUCACCCCAUCAGACCUAUCUAAAUCCUCGCACGAGACCCUCAAAACCAUUUUCGCCGACGACAAAGUCGCGCGUUCAGUCCUCAAUGCCGCAAAACGCCAUUCCAAAAAGCGCACCGCAGAUGCUUCCUCUGCUACACCUGCGCCUUUACCAAAGAAAGCUAAACCGAGCUUUGGUCAACCCCUCAAUGGCGCAGAUCUCGAAGCAUCGCUCGCGCUUCCAGAGCCAGAAUUAGAUGAAGACAUACUUAGUUCAUCUGUCGUCUACACCAACCGCGCCCCCCUCGUCCUCGCUUUCGCAGUAACACUCCUCAAAUUCACGAUGCCAAGCCAACCCAUAUCCAGUCGGCUCAGCCUAGCACAAGCCGUAACGUCCAUGAAUAGUAAGACGAAAGCCGUCAACAUCGGGCUUGAGAAGGGUAAGCCUGCGGAAGAAGAAGGCUGGGGUGAGGGGCAGCCGCUGGUACGGAUUAUGACGAGGGAUGUCAGGGUGAUGAAGAGGUGGGGGUAUGAGUGGGAAGAUGAGGGGAUGCAGCAGAGGGUUAAGUCUGAGGGAGGUGAGGAGAAGGAGGAGGACGCCAGGGAACCUGCGCUUUGGGGUGUUGAUCUUGAAGCUUUGAAGAAGGCACAGAACUCGAGGGUUGGCUCUAGUAAUCUGCCUAUAUAUACUGCACAGAGCGCAAGGGCGUAUCUUAUGAGGGCGUUUGAGACACCUGCCGCGGGACUAAUCAAGAAGGAAGAUGGCGAUGUCGACGUCAAGGUCGAGGGAGCGCCAGCAUCGAAACCGAAAGGGAAGAGAACAGCUGCUACCAUCGCAACGGAGAAAGAGCGGAACCUAGGGCUUUUACUGGGCGCACUGGAACUAUUGUACGAGUCGUGGGCAAAAGUGGUGGGUAAAGAAGACCUGGAUAAGCGGGCUUGGGGUUGGUAUGUUCGCGUACGGCCAGAGGUAGCUUACGGAGCUGCGGGCUGGGGUAGCAAGGGCAAUGUCAAGUUGUCCGAUAUCCUCGCCUUGAGAAGACCUAGUUGAAGCGAAGACACAAAUAUAUGGAAUUCAGGAUACCCCGAUUGAUUGAC